CCAACAGAAUUCCUUGAUCAGAUUUGAGGAGGAAGGGGGUAGGAACUUUUGAAUGCAGACAUAUUUACACCGCUUUCACCGACUUCUUUGUUAUUGCUAUUUAUUAAUUGUGGCAUUUACUGGAAAAUUUGAUUAUUUGUAAUUCAAUAAAAGUGCAAAAUGGUAAUUACUAUCCCAGAGACCGGAGGAGGAGAAGGAGAAGACUUCUGCUAACAUUGAUUCUGGUGAUAGUUCUGUUGUUUAAAACUGCCUGCCCAUCACCAUUAAACAACACUUACCUGUUUUACUAACUUUUUUAAAGCAAAAGUCAUGUACAAAACAUUUUUAAAUAUGAUUCCUCCCACCCACUGAGAGAUUUCUCUGUCUAAUUAGGGAAUCAUUUGUAAAAUAACACUUAUAACUUUUCCGAUUCCAUUCAAUAAGAGAUAUUUUCUCCCAACACUCUCACUCUCUCACCUCCCUCUCUUGUUCAUCAAAUUUUGCUUCAUCCUUUUGGAUGAAGCCCAAACCUGUUGUUCUGGAUGAAGAUGAAGAAGAUUCCUCGCUGUGAUAUCUGUGGAAAGUCAUUCAGCCGUCGUGACAACUUGGAGAGGCACAAGGCCGCACACCUGUCCAGACCCGUUUACUACUGCGAUGUCUGCCAAAAAGGAUUCUCACGCAAGUCUUAUUUGAAGGUGCAUGGCCGGUCACACACUGGUGAGAAGCCAUAUGUCUGUGGGAUUUGCAGCUGUGCAUUUGCACGGGAUGACCACUUGAUGCGGCAUCGUCGUAAGCAGCAUACCGACAAAAUAUUCAGCCACAUUAUUUCUUCUGUUGCCAAUGUCAUGCCAGUCUCUACAAGCAAUGAUGCAAACAAUGUCACCACCACCACUGCUAUCACCACUACCACCACUACCACUGCCAACAACAACAACAUUAGUAGUAGUAGUAGUAGUAGUAGUAGUAGUAGUACCAGCAACAAUAUUUCGAGUCAGGUUUCAGAAGUCCUUGAUGAACAACAGAAACAGCAACAAAAAACCUGUCAAAGCUCCAUACAACCACCACCAAGUGAACGUUGCAUUAUUUCUAAUGCAUUUCCUGUGUUGUCAGGUGAAAAUCAGGUAAAUUACAUCUGUGCAAUAAAAGAAGAUGAAGAUGCAAAAAAAUUAACAACAUCUGAUCUGUUGCAGAUUCAACAAGAACUGCAACAGCAUCAACAACAACAACAACAACAACUACUUUUUCAACAGCAAUUGCAGCAACAGUCUGAACUGCAACAAUAUCAACCCCAUCUUGUAUUAAAACAGGACAUUGAUGAUGAAGAAGCUGUUGCUGCUGCUGCUACUGUUGUACCAACUGCAUCAGCUGUUGUACCACACGCUGCAGCAGCUGUAGUGCCGUCUAGUUUGGAGACGUCAACAGAUGUAGACAACAGUGUGCAAGCUUUUACUACAGAUGGCACCAAUGUAAUGAACAUUGUAAAAAUACUUCCUGCAGUUGUUGCAACAUCUUGCAGUGGCUGCUACCUUGAUACCAGUGCAAUAGACAGUUCAGGCAUUUGCUGGAAACAAGAAGACAACUGUCCUGGAAUCAUCACCACUUAUGCCCUACCAAUCAGCAGCACAAAGCCACCUCAGAAAAGUGUCAACUGCAAUGCAGUUCCAUUUCACUGCUCUGUUUGCAGCAAAACCUUUUCCCGGCGUGACAAUCUUGAACGACACAAACUGUGUCACCAAGAAGGUGCCAGUAAACAGUACAGUUGUGAAAUAUGUGAUAAGGCAUUCUCUCGGAAGUCUUACCUGAAAGUUCAUGCCCGUAUCCACUCCGGUGAACGACCUUACCAGUGCGAUCUGUGUGGGUUUGCCUUUUCUCGUUAUGACCACCUUCUUAAACACAAAACACCUACAAAGGGACGAAGGAAGCUGAGCUGUGUGCCACGUGCUGAUGUUAUAGCAGAAGUUGUGAACAAUACAACAGAAGAUGCUCCAGCAACAGGGGCUACUGUCACUGAGGUGCAUUUUCAAAACGAUCUACCGCAAAUACAACUGGCACAACAAGUGCACCAUCAUCAACAACAACAGACAACACAAUCCAACAUAAUUCAAGAUGCAAGCACUGCUUCAGGACUAACAGCCAUUGAUUCACAAGCACAGCUAACAGAAGGCCAAGCAACAGUAUUUCACACCAAUGCAGGCACUGCUACUGCUGUGAUCCCACAGCAGGCAACACUCGGUGCACAUACAGUCACACUUGCUAACACACCCAUCACACAGAUUUUUCAUACAAUCCAAAUGUCUUCAACUGCUCAACUUUUCCCCACUUUACAAAUGGCUCCAGCCACACAUUUAUUUACAAACAACCCUCAGUUAGCAAACACAACACGAAUAUUCACAAACAAAUAAUUAAUUUAAUUCAAUAAUAAAAUCAAAAUUUUUUUUUUAAAUGAAUGACAA